UUUUUCUCAGUAGCUGUUGUUAGUACAUUUUUAUCACUAUAAGGAAAUACCUGCAGCAGGCUACUUUUAAAGAAAAAAAGAUUUAGUUCAGAGUUCUGAAGAUUGAAGAGCAUGGUGCUCAACUCUGGUGAGGACCUCACGGCAAAACAAUGACCAAAGCAUGUAUGAGAAGGAAUGAUCCUGUGCCAGCAUCUCCUGCGACAUUGUCACAACUACUUAGCAAUGUUUGGGGUCAGACUGUCGCACUCCUCUAGUGAGUUAUGGCAAUGAAGGCCGUGUGCAUGCUGAAGGACAAUGGUCCAGUGCAGGGCACCAUCCACUUCAAGCAGAAGGCAAAUAAAGUUUUAGUAUCGGGACACAUUAUAGGAUUGGCUGAAGGGCAGCACAGGUUCCAUGUCCAUCAGUUGAGAGAUAAUGCAGAAGGCGGUACAAAUGCAGGUUCUCACUUUAAUCCUCAGUCCAAACAACAUGGUGGGUCAAUGGAUGAAGAAAGGAAUGUCAGAGACCUGGACAAUGUGACUGCUGACAUAGAUGGUAUGGUCAAUGUGUCCGUUGAGGAUUCUUUGAUCUCACUCUCAGGAGAGCAUGCCAUCGUUGGCCGCACAAUGGUAGUCCAUGAAAAACCAGAUGACUUGGGCAAAGGUGGAAAUGAAGAAAAUACAAAAGUGGGAAAUGCCAGAAGUUGUCUGGCUUGUGGUGUAGUUGGGAUAGAACAGUAAACAUUCCCUUCCAUGUGGCUGAGUCCCAGAAACUCAUCUGUUAUCCUGCUAGUUGGUAGAAAUUUAACUUGGUAAACAUUAAACAUUGUAAUCUUAAAAGUAUAACUGUGUGACUUCUUUUUAAUUGCUCUAAGUAUUUGUAAUGAGAGGGAGUGAUCACAUGAUGCGGCAGAAAGCUGAGAUUCAGGGCUCAGGCUCACUCAGAUUUUAUAACAUAAUGCUCUUUUGAGAGCUCAGGGGUACAUUUUUGCUCUAGAUUGCUUAAACACAACUACCACAUUCACUUCCAUAUUGUCUUUGACUGCUUUUGUACCAUAAUGGCACAGUUGAGCAUUUGCAACAGAGAAUAUAUAAUCCACAAAUCUUAAAAUAUUUACUAUCUGACCUCUUGUAGAAAAAAAAAAUGUUGAUUCCUCUCUUGGACAACAGGUCCUUGGAACACAAUGCAGUGUUAGAAAUCAAUGACACACAGAGACAAAUAUUUAGACAUUAAAAAUCACACUGUUAGGUGAAUGGAUAAAGAAAAUGUGGUACAUAUACACAACGGAAUAUUAAUUACUCAGCCUUAAGAAGAAUGAAAUUAUGGCAUUUGCAGGUAAAUGA